AUGUCGGGAUCCCUCACCCACGUCCUCUACGAGGGCGCUUCGGGCUACGCCCUCUUCACUGUCUCGCUGCAGGAGGAGAUCGCCGCUCGCUCCAAGCAGCUCCAGGAUGCCAUCAACGACUACAACACCUUCAGCCGCAUGGUCCAGCUUGCCUCGUUCAUGCCCUUCACGUCGGCUGCUCAGGCUCUCGAGAACGCCAACGACGUCUCGGAGGGUGUCAUGAACGACCACCUCAAGAACGCUCUUACCCUCAUUAUCCCCUCGCAGGGCUCCAAGGGCAACAAGAAGCAGUCGGCUGUCCUCCUCGGUGUCUCUGAGCGUGGUCUUGCCGGUGCUAUCCAGGGCGAGCUUGCCAUCCCCUGUGACACCGGAGAGCGUGCUCUUGAGCUCAUCCGUGGCAUCCGUCUCCACCAGGAGAAGUUCCUCGCCAAGGAGGGUCUCCAGGCCGGCGACGUCAAGAUCGCCCAGCUCGGUCUCGGUCACUCGUACUCGCGUGGCAAGGUGAAGUUCAACGUCAACCGUUCGGACAACAUGAUCAUCCAGGCUAUUGCCCUUUCGGACCAGCUCGACAAGGACCUCAACACCUUCUCGAUGCGCUGCCGCGAGUGGUACGGCUGGCACUUCCCCGAGCUCUACAAGCUCGUCCCCGACGCCCACCAGUACGCCCAGCUCGCCGUCCUCAUUGGCGACAAGUCGACCCUCACCGACGACUCCAUCGCCGACAUGCAGGAGAUCCUCGAUGACGACGAGACCCGCGCCAAGAACGUCCUUGACGCUUCGCGCGCCUCGAUGGGUUCUGACAUCUCCGAGGUCGACCUCCUCAACAUCUCGAACUUUGCCGAGCGUGUUGUCAAGCUCGCCGAGUACCGCAAGUCGCUCCGUCGCUACCUCGUCGAGAAGAUGUCGAUCGUUGCCCCCAACCUUUCGGCUCUCAUUGGCGAGACCAUUGCUGCCCGUCUCAUCUCGCACGCUGGUUCGCUCACCAACCUUGCCAAGUACCCCGCCUCGACUGUCCAGAUCCUUGGUGCCGAGAAGGCUCUCUUCCGUGCCCUCAAGACCAAGGGCAACACCCCCAAGUACGGUCUCAUCUACCACUCGACCUUCAUUGGCCGUGCCGGUGCCAAGCACAAGGGCCGCAUCUCGCGUUUCCUCGCCAACAAGUGCUCGAUCGCGUGCCGUAUCGACUGCUUCUCGGACGUCCCCACCAACAAGUUUGGUGAGGCUCUCCGCGCCCAGGUUGAGGAGCGCCUGAACUUCUUCGAGACUGGUGCCCCCGUCUCCAAGAACGCCGACGCUAUCCAGAAGGCCCUCACCGCCAUCGCCGCCGACCUCGACGACGAGGAGGAGGACGACAACGAGGAGAUUGACGACGUCGAGAUCUCCGAGGCUGUCAAGCAGGUCGAGAAGGACCAGGCCGAGGCCGCCAAGAACCGUGGCCCCAUGGACGCCGAGUUGGCAACCAUUGUCGCCACCCAGGGUGCCACCCCUUCCAAGAAGGAGAAGAAGGACAAGUCGGACAAGAAGGAGAAGAAGGACAAGUCCGACAAGAAGGCCAAGAAGGAGAAGCGCAAGGCCGACUCCGACUCCGAGUCCGAGGACGAGGAGGAGCGCAAGCGGCGAAAGGCCGAGAAGAAGGCGAAGAAGGCCGAGAAGAAGGCUCGCAAGUCUGACGUUUAA